AUGGCCGGUUUGGUUAGGACCACAUCUAGAUCGGAGUCUCAAAACAGUUUCUUUGGUAGCUUCUCUAAUGGACAUUCUAGCUUGGUUGAAUUUUUGGUGCAUUAUGAUAGUGCUAUUGGUGCACAGCGGCAUGCCAAAGCAAAACUAAAUGUUGAUUGUGAAGCUUGUUUUCCCGUGUUGAAGACACCAUUGGCGUUGGAGCGGCAUACCAUGGGUGUUUACACAAUUUCUGUGUUUUAUGAUGUUCAAGAGGAGAUUUGUGCAGCUUGUUUUUCUUGUCAAGUGGUAUCUUUGAGUGAUUCUAAUGGUAGUGUGUCUUACGUGAUAAAAGAUGGUGACCAUCGAGCAUGGGCUAUCAAUUUAGUUUUGGAUGAUAAUUGUGCAAGGUGUUCUUGCAAGAUGUUUGAGAGGAUGGGUUUGUUGUGUAAGCAUAUCUUUUUUGUUUUUAAAGAUCAUGGUCUUGAGAGUAUUCCUUCUAGGUAUUUGGUGCAUCGGUGGACAAAGGGUGCAUGUUUGCACCCAAUAUUUGAUAUUGAUGGUAUAGUUGUUGAUUGUUUGCACCCAAUAUUUGAUAUUGAUGGUAUAGUUGUUGAUCAAUCUCACCCAAUAUUUGAUAUUGAUGGUAUAGUUGUUGAUCAAUCUACGAAAGUGGAGAACGUUAGGCUGCUUACUAAUCUUAUGUGGUCUGAUAUUUAUGCUUGUGUGGGGUUGGCUGAUGGUAAUAUUGAUCGUUUGUCACAGAUACGAAGCGUUAUUAAUGAUCAAAGGAAAUUAUUUCUUCAAGAUGGGAGUGAUAAUGGCAGUAGCGUGGCUGUUGGUAGCAAGCAAAGUGUGAUUAAUUCGUUUUGUAAGUCUAUGUCCAAGGCCUUUUCAGUGGAAGUGCACGACCCUGUCAAAGCUAAGAACAAGGGUAGUGAUAAGCGAUUGAAGAGUGCAAGGGAGAAAGCUGCAAGCAAGUGUGCAAAGCAAUCAAGGAGAUGCCACACUUGUGAUGAAUAUGGCCAUAACAGUAGGACAUGUCCUUUAAAUAAUUGA